GAAGACAUAGAACAUUUUGGAGAUGUCGGUUCUCUGGAUGAUAAUAUGGAUUCAUUUCUGUCGCAUGAUGGAGGAGAGGGAAGAGAUCUGUAUGGCACCUUAAAACCAGGUCUUACUGAGCAUAAAACAGAGUCUUCUAAGGGUAAUCAAUUGUUGUAUUUUGUGUAUUUUGCCUCCUUGCCCCCUUUUGGUUUAAACCUGAUCAGAUUUUGGUGAGCAAUGGAGCAAAGCAGAGCAUCCUUCAAGCAGUGCUAGCUGUUUGUUCUCCUGGAGAUGAGGUUAUAAUUCCAGCUCCAUUUUGGGUGAGUUACCCAGAAAUGGCAAGGUUGGCUGAUGCGACCCCUGUGAUUCUUCCUACCCACAUCUCCGAAAAUUUUCUCUUAGAUCCAAAGCAUCUUGAAUCCAAACUCAGUGAGAAGUCGAGACUGUUGAUUCUUUGUUCCCCAUCUAACCCAACAGGAUCUGUUUACCCAAGGAAGUUGCUUGAAGAGAUCGCUCAGAUUGUGGCAAGGCAUCCCCGGCUUCUGGUGCUGUCUGAUGAAAUAUAUGAACACAUUAUUUAUGCACCAGCAACGCACACAAGCUUUGCGUCUUUGCCAGGGAUGUGGGAGAGGACACUGACUGUCAACGGGUUUUCUAAGGCCUUUGCAAUGACUGGUUGGAGACUUGGAUAUCUUGCUGGUCCUAAACACUUUGUUGCAGCAUGUGGAAAGAUUCAAAGCCAAGUAUGCACACUUCCUUGCCUCUUUUCUUUCAUCAUCUUUAGUAGACUAGUAACUCUUAUCAAUUUGUAUUCUGUAACUGCUUGA